AUGUUAUCUUCACCACAAGCACCCAACUCCAAAUCUGUGUUUAUCUUCAUAGGGCCCAAAGGGAGCGGCAAGUCCUUCCUCGGCGGUCUCUUACAGGAACACUUCAAGAUACCCUUUCUGCCCGUCGAAGAACACAUCAAGAAACAAGAUAUCAAGAAAGAUCGAGCUGUGAACAAUGAAGCUUACAUCCAACAGGUCUUUUCCUUCAUUGAAGAGCUUGUCCGGAAAGAGAUUUGCAAGGAAGACUUCGGCCUUUCGUUUGAGUCCACAGGUCUCACAGAUUGCUUUGACUCAAUGUUGGAGUCCCUGAAGAAGGAUUUUCGUGUUGUCACAGUUCGCGUCAAGGCAGAUCCCAAUACUUGCCUGCAACGUUUUCGAUCCAGAGAUCAAUCCCUCCACAUACCCAUCUCAGAGGAACAAAUCAAAAUGAUCAAUGAAAAGGUGGCAGAGAAGACCACGGAAUGCGAGUUUGAGAUUGACAACAAGGGAAGCAAUUCCAAAGAAGCUCUGGUCAACGAGCUUUCUGGUAUCCUGGCAAAGUUGUCGGUCUGA